UCCAGCUGCUAUUCUGCUCUACCAGCCACAUCACCAGGGCAACAUGGCAUUUACAGGCAAAUACGAGUUUGAAGGCGAUGAGAACUAUGAUGACUUUGUGACGAAGAUUGGUCUCCCCAGUGACAAGAUUGAAAUGGGAAGGAAUAGCAAAAUAGUCACUGAGGUGGUGCAGAAUGGAAAUGACUUCACCUGGACACAGCAUUUCCCAGGAGGCAGCUCCACGACCAACACAUUCACAGUUGGCAAGGAAGCAGACAUGGUGACAAUGGGUGGUAAAAAGUUCAAGGCAACUGUAAAAAUGGAAGAUGGGAUAUUAGUAGCUGAUUUUCCCAACUAUCGUCAUACUUCAGAGAUUUCUGGAGGAAAGCUUGUGGAGAUUUCUACUGCUUCUGGUGUAGCCUACAAAAGGAUCAGCAAAAAGAUUGCUUAAGGCAGUGAAGCCAGUCUCUUCCAGUGCACUGGAAAACAUUCAACAAUACAAAUAAA